GAUUUUCAAAUCAAAAAUCAAAUCAAAUCAUGACUGAAAAUGAAUCAUUAUUUGGUCAAUUGAUUAUUGGACCGGCUGGUAGUGGUAAAACUACCUAUUGUCAUGUUAUUUCGCAACAUUUGCUCAAUCACCUUAAUCGUGAGGUAAUCAUUGUUAAUUUGGAUCCAGAUAAUGAAACAUUUCCAUAUCAAUGUCAUCUGAAUAUUCAUGAAAUGAUUCGUAUGACAGAAGUAAUGCAGAAUGAAAAUCUUGGUCCAAAUGGUUCAUUUCUUUAUUGUAUGGAUUUUCUUUAUAAAAAUAUCGAUUGGCUUUAUCAACGAAUCAAUGAAGAAUUCAGUAAAUGUAAACAACGUAUACAAUCAACAAUGAUAAACAAUAGUGAAAAAAUUGAUAGUCAACGGCGGCGGCGGCAACGACGGCCAUACAUUCUAUUUGAUUGUCCAGGACAGAUUGAAUUAUAUACCAAUUAUCCUGUGUUUAAAAAUCUUAUACAUCAUUUAUUGGAUACAAAUUUGGAUCCAGAACAAAGUGAAAAAAGACGUGAAAAAUUUCCACUAAAUAUGAGAUUAGUAGCCAUAAAUGUUGUUGAUUCACAUUAUGCAAACGAUCCAUCCAAAUUCAUUACAGUGGUAUUGAAUUGUCUUAUUUCUAUGUUGCAUAUUGAAACACCAUUUAUUAAUGUUCUUUCCAAAAUAGAUCUAAUUGAACGUUAUGGUGAAACGGAUUUUCGAUUAGAUUUCUAUUGUGAAUUAACUGAUCUUAAUCGAUUGGUUGAAAGAAUUUCUGAUGAUCAACGAUUGGUUCGUUAUAAAAAAUUAACUGAAGCUAUUGCAUCGAUUAUUGAAAAUUAUGCCAUCGUUUCAUUUGUACCAUUGAAUAUUAAUGAUAUGGAAACGAUAUCGAAAGUGAUUACAUUAGUAGAUCGAGCUAAUGGAUUUUAUAUGGCUGAUCUAUCAUCAAAUCAAGAUGGAUUCAAUUAUCAACUGUAAAUGUAAUCCAGAAUGCUUCACUUUUAUCACUCCAUUGGCCAUCGUCAGUAUUCGUGUCUUGAAAUUGGAUUUUUUUCCAUAUUGGUACAUUUUGUU